AUGGUUCGUUGCAUUAGGAAGAAGAAAGGGAAUCAGGGUGGAUCAUACGAUGUUCCCCAUUACAUGGAUAGUCAGAUUGGAUCAUUUAGAGGCAAAAACAAUCAUCCUGUUGAUGGUGAUGACCCAAUUGAGAAUAGUGGCAUAGGGGAUGAGGUACCAUCAGACUCAGAUGAGUACCAACUUGAAUCUGAAUGCAGUGAAUAUGAAAAUUUGGUUGACAAUGUUCCAUUUGUUUCCUUUGGCUGUUGGACAGUCUAUAAUGUGGGCAUGGAGGAGUUGGCAGGAAUGUUUUCCUCCCAGAUUAGAUCUUUAGCUAUUGAAAUGGCGUCAACAGCUGGAAGAUGGUUGAGAGGAAGGGUGAAAUCUGUUCCAUCUGGAGAUAGUUUGGUGAUUAUGGGGAACACCAAUUCCAACAUCCCCAUUCCCCCUGAAAAGACUAUUACGUUGUCAUCUCUUAUUGCUCCGAAGUUGGCCCGUAGAGGUGGUAUUGAUGAGGCAUUUGCAUGGGAGAGCAGAGAGUUUUUACGGAAGCUUUGUAUUGGGAAGGAGGUCACUUUUAAAGUGGAUUACACUGUACCGUCUAUAGGGCGAGAAUUUGGCUCCGUUUUCCUUGGUGAUGACAAGAAUGUAGCAGUUCUGGUUGUCUCUGCCGGCUGGGCAAAGGUCAGGGACCAGGGUCAACGGAAAGGGGAAGUUAGUCCUUACUUAUCAGAAUUGCAACAGCUUGAAGAUCAAGCCAAACAACAAGGUCUAGGUCUUUGGAGCAGGGCACCAGAGGCCAGUGCAAAUGCCAUAAGGAACCUACCUCCAUCUGCUGUUGGUGAUCCUAGUAACUUGGAUGCGAUGGGCCUCUUAGCUUCAAACAAAGGUAGGCCCAUGGAAGCUAUCGUUGAGCAGGUUCGUGAUGGAAGCACUAUUCGGGUUUAUUUGCUUCCAGAAUUUCAGUUCGUCCAAGUGUUUGUUGCUGGAAUCCAGGCUCCAUCAAUGGGAAGAAGGGCUGCAAUGGAAACUGUUGUUGAAGCUGAAAUUACCUCUGACGAAACUAAUGGAGAAUCUUCGGCAGGAUCCCGUGGCCCCUUAACAUCGGCGCAGAGGCUAGCAGCUUCAUCAGUAUCCUUCAAUGAAGUUGCUCCUGAUCCAUAUGGAAGGGAGGCUAAACUUUUUACAGAGAUUCGCGUAUUAAACAGAGAUGUGCGCAUUGUCCUGGAGGGUGUUGACAAAUUCAGCAAUUUGAUUGGUUCAGUAUAUUAUCCUGAUGGUGAAUCAGCAAAGGACUUGGCAUUGGAGCUUGUCAAAAAUGGUUUAGCUAAAUAUGUUGAGUGGAGUGCAACCUUGCUGGAAGAUGAUGCCAAGCGGCAGCUGAAAUCUGCUGAACUUCAAGCAAAAAAGGACCGCUUGAGGUUUUGGACGAACUAUGUACCUCCUCCUACAAAUUCGAAGGCAAUCCAUGACCAGAAUUUUACAGGAAAGGUGGUUGAGAUUGUAAGUGGGGAUUGCAUCAUUGUAGCUGAUGAUUCUAUACCAUUCGGAAGUCCAUUAGCAGAGCGGCGAGUCAACCUUUCAAGUAUCAGGUGCCCAAAAUAG